CAGAGGAAUUCACAUUUUAAAAAGUUGAGAGAGAUAUCUAAAAACGAGCACCACCAUUUCGUCUAAUCCCUAAAACCCUCCACUCGUCCGAAAUGAGGACGCGCCGGAAAAUAUACUCGGCGGCAACUCCACCGGUCUCUGAAUCCGUCACGGCGAGGCCCAUAGUUCAAGCGCUUCCAGCGUCAGCCACAAGAUCAUGCUAUGCAAAAUCUAGAGGAGGAAAUGUUGGAUCGAAGAAGCAGUGUAUUGGAGGACUGUGGGAUGUGAAAAUUCCGAAAGAGAUGCUGCAAGAGAUACUCUCUCGGAUCGGACUAAAAGCUAACAUACACGCUUCUCUUGUCUGCAAGACAUGGCUUCAAGCAGCUGUUUCCAUCAGGAAGUUGGAGAAUCCUCCUUGCCUUUUGUAUCCACACAAAGGAUCAAAAGACGGCGACUACCUUCUUUUUGACCCGUCACGGUCUCUAACGUAUCAGCUCAAGUUUCCAGACUUCAAGGACCAUAUAUUCUUGUGUUCUAGGGAUGGUUGGUUGCUCGUCAAAAAUGAUGGCUUCUCUGAUGUGAUUUUCUUCUUUAAUCCGUUUACUGGGGAACGCAUCUACUUACCCAGUAAGCAACGAUAUUUCACAGGCUAUGGCUUAACUUUCUCAGCCGCUCCCACAUCAAGUAGUUGUUGUGUGCUCUCUUUCAUCUUUCAAACUUUGGACGUCUUUUUUGUGGUUGAAACUUGGCGGCCUGGUGAUUCUGUAUGGACCCUUCAUCAUUUUCCGAAUAAGUUUUAUGGUCCCGGAACUGCUAGAUGCGUCUUCUCCAAUGGUAAAUUCUAUUGCCUCAGUACAAGCGGCUACGUCGGCGUUUUCGACCCGUUUGAGGUAACCUGGAAUAUUCCUAAAAUGAAUCCAUGUCCCAUCUAUAAUCGUUGUCACUUUAGACUCGUGAGGCCAGUGCUCAUGACAGAGCAUGACGGAGACGUCUUUGUUAUGACUACACGCCGCAGAAACCACAGCAAACUGUUGGUGUUUAGACUAAACGUUGAACGCAACGUGUGGGAAGAGAUGAGUGGACUUGGUGGAUUGACAGUAUUUGCAUGUUUUGCUGCCGCUCUCACAAGAGCUGGUCUCCCAGCGGAGGAGAGGAACAGAGUGUAUACAUCUCAUAUUGGUGAUGGUUAUGGGAAAUUUGGCAUUUACUACCUUGGUUGUGUGAGAUGUACUCAACCUUCUUACACUUCCUAUAUGUCUAUCCGCAGCGCUUGGGUGCAGCCACCACCUCACAACAACUUUAGUUUUCGACUUCAUCCUUAAGUGUUUUUGUCUUUUGAAAACCUUUUUUUUUAAGUUGUUGAUUAAAUAAACAAUUGUGCUUCGUAUGAUCCAAUAUGUUGCAAGUCUUUUAUACACUGUAGCUCGGAUUCUCUAUGACCUGGAUCAAGCUUCUUUUCAUCCAA